AGCAGGGCCUCCGCACGCGCGUAAAUCCCGCUCUUCGCAACCCAGACCGCUUCGGGCUGCGCGAGGCAACACAGGGCAGCCACAGAAGGACCGGGGGCAGCCCUCGCAGUCGCGCAGCGUCGUAAAAAGGCAAGAGGCAGCCAUGGAGCACCACGACGCCUCCGACGGCGACGAGGCGCCGAAUCCAUUUAUAGACGAGGAGGAGCCCCUCCUGGAACGACCGCAACGGCGCCGGCGACGACGACCAUACAUUGUUGCGGCCGGCGCGCUCGUCGUAAGUGCCGCCGCCUUAGCAACGCGAAGCCGCACAACAAACCUCGUAGAAAACCGGCUCCCCGUGCCCCUGGACCUCGCGAACUGCGCGAAUUUUGAUGAUGACGCGGCGAUGCGGGACGGCUGCGUGAGCAUGGACUCGGACAUCUUCUGCGGUUCACAUGAAGGCGAGCUCGGGGCGUCGGCCGACUUAUUCGCGAGCAUGCUCUCCACCGAUAAGGCGUCCUUGUUUCCUAUAUUGGCGAAUGCUCGCAAGGUCUGCGGCGCCGCCUGUGAAAACACAGAUGAAGCCUACUUCAUGCCCUGCCUCUGGGAGGCCGUGGCGCGCUUGCCCGACGUGUGUGCGGGCACCUUCGACGCCGCACCGCCAGCAGCGUCGUUCGUGAAGAGCAAACGGCCGAAGCUGUCGGAGCCCGACUUAUUGUCGUGCGACGAACACGCGUUCUGCAUGGCCUGCUCGCAGUCGCCGGGCCGGUGCAGCGCGGUCCUCGGGAAGUACGGCUCGCCCUCCGGCGGCUCGGCGGCGGUCUUCGCGUCGUCGUCGUCGCAGACGAUGGCUCUUUCUGCCUUACUUGCUGUCGGCCGGGACCUGCCCGAGCUCUGCGAGGGGCUCGGCGUGGCCUUCGUGGGGGCGGGGACCUACGCGCGAUGAUUGGAUAUACCCGGUGUCGUUCAGAAGCGGAACUCCGGGCCAAGACUCGCUCGUUCUUCUCGACUCGGUCGGUCGUCGUUCGAUUCGUAUUUUCUCGUGUAACACAUACAUUAACCUGC